AUGUCUUGGGACGAGAGUAUGGAUUGCUGCAGUUGGGAUGGAGUCACUUGUGACAUGUUAACAGGCUAUGUUAUUGGCCUGGACCUUAGUUAUGGUGGGCUUGAUGGAACAAUUCAUCCCAACAGUAGCCUCUUCCUACUCCAUCAUCUUCAGAUGCUAAACCUUGAUAACAAUUACUUCAAUUAUUCUUCAAUCCCAAAUGAGAUUGGCCGCUUGAGGAAUUUGAGGCAUCUCAACCUUUCUCACUCUACAUUUCAUGGUAAACUCCCAACACAAAUUUCAUACCUUUCCAAUUUGGUUUCACUUGAUAUUUCUGGCGAAUUCACACUUGACCAGAAAACAUUUGAAACACUGCUCCAAAACUUCACAAAUUUGGAGGUAGUUUCUCUCUCUUUUGUCAAUAUCUCAUCACCACUACCUAUGAAUAUGUCGUCUUCUUUAAGGUAUGUGGAUCUUGUAUUUACUAAUUUGCGAGGUGAUCUCACAGAGAGCUUUUUUCUUCUGCCAAACUUGGAACAACUAAAAUUGAGUCGGAAUAAUCUUCUCAAAGGAGUUUUACCAAAUAUCCACUUGAGCAACACUCUGUUAGAGUUGGAUAUCGCAAACACAGGCAUCUUUGGUGAGCUGCCUGAUUCAAUUGGCACCUUGAUAUCCUUGAAUUACUUAAACCUCGCAGGAUGUGACUUCUCUGGUCGCAUUCCUGAUUCCAUUGGCAAUCUUACACAAAUUAGGGAGUUGAUUUUUUCGGCAAAUCAUUUCGCUGGCCAUAUUCCUCCAACAAUCUCUAAUUUGAAGCAGCUCACACAUCUAGAUUUUUCAUCUAACUCCCUUGGAGGUGAAAUUCCCGAUGUUUUCUCUAACCUUCAAGAGCUAAUUAAGUUGUCACUUACUAAAAACAGCUUCAUUGGUCCGUUUCCUUCUUCAAUUCUAAGCUUGAGACGUCUUCAAAGCUUAGACUUGAGUGAAAAUUCGCUAUCUGGUCCACUGCGUUGCAACAUGAGCAUGAUUCAAAAGCUAACUGACCUGCAUUUGUCUCACAACUCACUGAGUGGCAUAAUACCAUCUUGGGUAUUUAGCAUCCCUUCCUUACAUGAGCUGCAGCUCAUUCAUAAUCGAUUUAACGGAGUAGCUGACGAGCUUAAACAAAACCCAACAUUAGAGGUUUUGGAUUUAAGUCAUAAUCAACUCAGUGGUCCUGUUCCUCGAUUGCUUGCAAAUCUCAUAAGCCUAGCCGAACUUGACCUUUCAACAAAUAACAUCAGUGACGAUGCGGGAAUAGAAGCCCUUGCGACUCUGCAAAGACUUGCAAAAAUUGAUCUUUCAUACAAUCCGCUAUCAUUGAGGACGAGCAUCAAUGGUAGCAAAGUCACUUUUCCUGGCCUGAGAAUUUUGCUCUUAUCAUCUUGUGAACUGAAAGAUUUUCCACGCUUGAGAAAUUUGAAGACACUUCAGGUCUUGGAUCUUUCUAAUAGUAAGAUUCACGGUCCAAUCCCAAAGUGGUUUAGCAGCAUCAGAUGGGACUCAUUGCAGUACCUAAACCUUUCGUAUAAUUCACUUACAGGCCAGCUUGAACAACUUCAUUUCAACAGUCUAGUUUAUCUUGAUCUCAAAUUCAACUUCCUUUAG